AUGACAUCCUAUACACCAAAGAAUAUCCUCAUUACUGGGGCUGCUGGGUUUAUUGCAUCUCAUGUUGCGAACCGGCUUGUGCGAAGCCAUCCCGAGUACAAAAUUGUUGUGCUUGACAAACUAGAUUAUUGUUCGAAUCUAAAGAAUCUCCUUCCUUCUAAAUCAUCUCCCAAUUUCAAGUUUGUGAAGGGGGAUAUUGGUAGUGCUGAUCUUGUCAACUACUUGCUUAUCACCGAGUCAAUUGACACGAUAAUGCACUUUGCUGCUCAAACCCAUGUUGAUAACUCUUUUGGUAAUAGCUUUGAGUUCACCAAGAACAAUAUUUAUGGGACUCAUGUUCUAUUAGAAGCCUGCAAGGUUACUGGCCAGAUCAGAAGGUUUAUUCAUGUUAGUACGGAUGAGGUCUAUGGUGAGACCGACGAAGAUGCGAUUGUUGGAAACCAUGAAGCUUCUCAACUUCUACCGACGAACCCGUACUCUGCAACAAAAGCUGGAGCUGAAAUGCUUGUCAUGGCGUAUGGCAGGUCGUACGGGUUGCCUGUUAUCACGACACGUGGGAACAAUGUUUAUGGGCCGAAUCAGUUUCCUGAGAAGUUGAUUCCGAAGUUCAUCCUCUUGGCUAUGCAAGGGAAGACUCUUCCAAUUCAUGGAGAUGGAUCUAAUGUGAGGAGUUAUUUGUAUUGUGAAGAUGUUGCUGAGGCAUUUGAAGUUGUACUUCACAAGGGAGAGGUUGGGCAUGUUUACAAUAUAGGGACUAAGAAGGAAAGGGGAGUUAUCGAUGUAGCCAAGGAUAUAUGUAGGCUUUUCUCAAUGAAUCCAGAAACUAGUAUUAAAUUCGUAGAGAACAGACCGUUUAACGACCAGAGAUACUUUCUUGAUGAUCAAAAGCUGAAGAACAUCGGUUGGUCCGAGAAAACCACAUGGGAUGAGGGCUUGAAGAAAACCAUAGAAUGGUAUACCAAAAAUCCUGAUUGGUGGGGUGAUGUUAGUGGAGCAUUGCUUCCUCAUCCAAGGAUGUUGAUGAUGCCGGGUGGAAUGGAGAGACAUUUUGAAGGAUCUGAAGGGGAAAAUCCUGCAUCCUUCAAUUCAUCUAAUACCCGUAUGGUGGUCCCAUCAUCCAAGAACAAUGGCGUUCAGCAAAAACCACCUUUGAAGUUCUUGCUCUUUGGUAGAACUGGGUGGAUCGGUGGUUUGCUGGGAAAAUUGUGCGAGAAGCAAGGAAUUCCAUAUGAAUAUGCAAAGGGUCGUCUAGAGGAUCGUGCAUCACUCAUUGCUGAUAUUCAGAGUGUGAAACCAACCCAUGUUUUUAAUGCUGCAGGUGUCACCGGAAGACCCAAUGUUGAUUGGUGCGAAAGUCAUAAAACAGAAACCAUCCGCGCCAAUGUCGCCGGUACUUUAACAUUGGCUGAUGUAUGCAGAGAGCAUGGGAUCUUGAUGAUAAAUUAUGCUACUGGCUGCAUAUUUGAGUAUGAUGCAGCACAUCCAGAAGGCUCCGGCAUCGGUUUUAAGGAGGAAGACAAGCCCAAUUUCAUGGGAUCUUUCUAUUCCAAAACCAAAGCUAUGGUUGAGGAACUCUUGAGAGAAUACGACAAUGUAUGCACCCUAAGGGUUCGCAUGCCAAUUUCGUCUGAUCUGAGCAACCCGCGCAACUUCAUCACAAAGAUUUCUCGUUAUAACAAAGUUGUCAACAUUCCAAACAGCAUGACUGUAUUGGAUGAACUUCUCCCUAUUUCAAUUGAGAUGGCAAAAAGAAACCUGAGUGGAAUCUGGAACUUCACAAACCCUGGUGCUAUAAGCCACAAUGAGAUCCUUGAGAUGUAUAGGGAUCACAUUGACCCCAGUUUCAAGUGGGCAAAUUUCACACUCGAAGAACAAGCCAAGGUGAUCGUUGCUGCUCGUAGCAACAAUGAAAUGGAUGGCACCAAAUUAAAGAGUGAAUUCCCAGAAUUACUCUCAAUCAAAGAAUCACUUAUCAAGUAUGUCUUUGUGCCAAACAAGAAAUAA